AUGGAGGAGGCAGUAUUGGAACGCAUAAGCCAGUUAGCUGCUAAAUAUGGUAAUAUUAGCUGUUUACAGGUAUGUUUACUUGCUAAAUGUGAUAAUAUAAGUUCUUUAUCGGUAUGUUUGUUUGCUAAAUAUGGUAAUAUUAAUUGUUUACAGGUAUGUUUACAUGCUAAAUAUGGUACUAUUAGUUGUUUACAGGUAUGUUUACUUACUAAAUGUGAUAAUAUUAGUUGUUUACCGGUAUGUUUACUUGUUAACUUUUGUUUACAGGUAUGUUUACUUGCUAAAUAUGGUAAUAUUAGUUGUUUACUGAUAUGUUUACUUGCUAAAUGUGAUAAUAUUAGUUGUUUACCGGUACGUUUACUUCUUAACUUUUGUUUACAGGUAUGUUUACCUGCUAAAUAUGGUAAUAUUAGUCGUUUACAGGUAUGUUUACUUGCUUAUUAUGGCACUAUUAGUUGUUUACAGAAAUGGUUACUAAAUAUAUUAAUAUUAGUUUUUCAUAAGAGAAUAUUUCAGCUAGUCUAUGAGUAG